AUGCAGGGACCCUCUGCAGGCGGCGGCUCCCCAGAGCGGGAGGCGGGGUCCGGCGAGCGGCCGCGGGGGCCAGGCCGGGGCAGGAGGGUCCGGUUCCGCAUGCCCCACACCACCAUCGCGGUGCCGUCGGGCCGCGAGGAGGAGCAGCUCUUCUAUCGGCGGCUGGACGGACUCGCGGCGCUGGGCCCCGCCGGUUUCACGCCGCUCUUCGCCGCCGAGGGCUGGAGCGACCUGACGGAGGACCGGCUGCUGCGGAAGCGCGUGGUGCGGGACGGGCAGGGCGGCCCGCCGCCGCGGCCGGGCCAGGAGGUGUCGGUAAAGGUGCUGGGGGCCCUGGAGGACGGCGGCCUGGUGGAGCGGGACCCGCGGCUCAGCUUCGUGCCGGGCCAGGGCGACGUCGUGCAGGCGCUGGAGUUGGGCGUUCCCACCAUGCAGCCCGGAGAGGUGUCCUUCUUCCUCGCAGCCUUCCCCUACGGCUACGGCCGCGCGGGCAGGGAGCCCGACGUGCCGCCCGAGGCGCCGCUGCUCUUUGAGGUGACGCUGCUGGAGGUGCGCGACGGCCCGGACCCGCGGCGGCUGCCGCCCGCCGCCCGCCUCCGCCUGGGCGCGCAGAAGCGGGAGCGGGGAAACGUCCACUUUGCGCGGGGCGACUUCGCGGCGGCGCUGCGCUCCUACCGCCUGGCGCUGCGGGCCCUCGACGGCGCCGGUGAGCCAGGCCGGGCGGGACGGGCCACGGCGGGGCGGGGCGGGGCGGGGCUGCUGACCGCCAUGCCCCCCGCAGCCCCGGCCGAGCCGCAGGAGGAAGAGGAGCUGCGGGAGCAGCGCGUCAAGUGCCUCAACAACUGCGCGGCGGCGGCGCGGCGGCUGCAGCGCGGCGGGGAGGCGCUGGCGGCUUGCGAGGCAGCGCUGCGCAUCAGCCCGGACAACGGCAAGGCGCUGCUCCGGCGGGGCCAGCUGCUGACAGAGCAGGGCCGCGACGAGGAGGCCGCGCUCGUCCUGCGCAGAGCGCUGGAGCUGGACCCGGCCAGCAAGGCCGUCCACGCCGAGCUCGCCCGCCUGGUGAAGCGCCGCGCCCGGCCCGCGGCCCGCGCCGAUCAGGCGGGGCCUGGGCACAGGAACAGGGCAUGA